AUGGGAAAGACGUCCGGAGGGCGCCCCGACGCAGGAGUCCGCGCACAGAGAUUCAGUAGUCGCAGAGAGUCAGGUGUUGCGUGGGGGCGCCGCGGGCGCGGAGUGGGGGGCGCGCGGGGCGGGGGCGGCGCGUGGAGGCGGCGUGAGCGCGCUGCACACCCGCGCAGGCCCAUGGAGAUCCUCACCAGCAUCUACGCGCUACUCGCUGGAGGGCAAGGAGUUAACCCCAAGAUCGACUCGAUAGCGUUUCGUCUCCACUGUGGAGCCACGACAGCUGCAUUGCUUGCAGCCAGUGCAGCUCUAACUACACGCCAUCUAGUGGGCAACCCUAUAGACUGCAUACAUACAAGGGAUAUACCGGAAGACGUAUUGAACACCUACUGUUGGAUACACUCCACGUUUACCGUGGCAGGCGAGGCCGGGGCCUAUCCAGGUGUUCGGGGCUCCGGUAACUCGCCUCGGCGCUACGGGAAGUACUACCAGUGGGUCGCCUUCACUCUCUUCUUGCAGGUAAGUUUCUACUUCUAG